GCGGAGAGAUCUCCCGAAGCCAAGCCAAUCAUGGCCGCCCCCGCCUCCUACGACCGCGCGGCCGAGCUGCGCGCGCUGGACGCGACCUUCGCCGGCGUCCACGGCCUGGUAGCCUCCGGCGCCACUUACGUCCCGCGCAUCUUCCGCGUCCCCGACCAGCCUUCUCCCCAGCAACAACCGCCCCAAGAACUGACGACGACGGCGCCCUCCGUCCCGGUGAUCAACAUCGCCGACCCGGACCGCGCGGCCACGGUGGCGUCCGUGCGCCGGGCCGCGGCGGAGUGGGGCUUCUUCCAGGUGACGGGCCACGGCGUGCCCCCGCGGUCGACGGCCGCGGCGCUGCGCGCGGUCCGAGGCUUCCACGAGGCCCCCGGCGGCGAGGGCAGCGACAAGGCGCGGCUCCACUCGCGGGAGCCCGGCAGGGCCGUCAAGUACCACUGCAACUUCGACCUGCACCAGUCGCCCGUGGCCAACUGGCGCGACACCCUCUACCUCCGCAUGGCCCCCUCGCCGCCCCUCGCCGCCGACCUGCCGGAGCCCUGCCGCGAGGCGCUGUUCGAGUACGCGGAGCAGGUGAAGGAUCUGGGGGACGCCCUGUUCGGGCUGCUGUCGGAGGCCCUGGGCCUGGACCGGAGCCGUCUGACGGACAUGGAGUGCAACCAGGGGCAGAUCAUGCUGUGCCACUACUUCCCGCCGUGCCCGGAGCCGGCGGCCGCCAUCGGCACCAGCCCGCACUCCGACUCCAGCUUCCUCACCGUGCUCCUCCAGGACGGCGUCGGCGGCCUCCAGGUCCUCCACGAGGGCCGGUGGGUCGCCGUCCCGCCCGUCCCCGGCGCGCUCGUCGUCAACGUCGGCGACCUCCUGCAGCUGGUCUCCAACGACGGGUUCCGGAGCGUGGAGCACAGGGUGGUGCUGGCGGCGGGGGGCGAGCCGAGGGUGUCCAUCGCGUGCUUCUUCAGCACGCACUUCCACCCGGCGUCGACGCGGGCGUACGGCCCCAUCGGGGAGCUGGUGUCCGGCGGCAGCCCGGCGCUGUACAGGGAGACGCUGGUGAGGGACUACGUCAAGCACUACUACGCCAUCGGGCUGGACGGCAAGGCCGCGCUCUCCGUGUUCCGGCUAUGAACGAAAACGAAAUUGCCAGGGAAGGCAGCCAAGGACCUCAAUAAUCUACUGUAGCAGUCUUUUGUUGGCACUCUACAAUGCUAACAAAGGUGACAGCGAAAUGUAUGCAGUACUACAUUCGUCAUGAUUUAUUGGUUUCUUUGUAUUUUGUGUCCAGGUUUGACCAUACAUUUAAUUAUCAAAAAUGUUAAUGCAUGUCACGAAAAAUUAUAUCUUUAGAUCUUAAUUUGUAUUUGAA